CAGAGGACGCAGUCUAUGCUCUUUUCUUCGUUAUCCUCUUUUCCAUUAAAACCCCCACGAUAAGAAAAAGCCUUUAAAAGAUGACCUACCAUUACAAGAUUGGAGAUCGUUCCGCUGACCCUAUGACCGCAGUGUUGCCGUACGAAAUUGUCUUGACGGUGUUUUCAUUUCUUCCAACUGAACAACUGGUGGAAUGCUUGAAUGUUUCUUCCUUUUGGCGCUAUCGACUUUUGCGCAGUCCAAGUUUGUGGCGAGAAUUGGAAUUGAGGGAAGCCGAUGCACGUUGUGUCAAGGAGUUAUAUCAAGUGGCGAAUAUGGCAACAAGUAUGACCAUCUAUGGCGAUGCUGAUUUGACGGCUGCGUUCGACUUGCUGAUCAAAGCAAGGAUAGCAACUCAAGUAAUCGUCACAUCCACCUUCAGUAUGCAUACAUUCAUGUUGACGAACAGUUAGAUCCGAACGAUUUAUCCUGCUUGCUCCAAAGAACGCGCAAUCUACAACGACUCAAUGUCAGCUAUUGCAAACCGGAAAUUCUGGAUACCAUUUUCAACUGCUGCCCUGAUAUCCCAUAUCUCAACUACAACAUGCCCACGCUGACAUAUUACAAUACCACACAACGAUUGAAACUUAUGAAAAACA